AUGAUGGCCGUGGAAGGGUCUACCAUUACCAGCCGCAUCAAGAACUUGCUGCGUUCCCCGUCCAUCAAACUACGCCGGAGUAAGGCGGGAAACCGGAGAGAGGACCUCAGCUCCAAGGUGACCUUGGAGAAGGUUCUGGGAAUCACCGUGUCUGGAGGCAGAGGACUUGCCUGUGACCCCCGAUCAGGUUUAGUUGCCUACCCAGCUGGGUGUGUGGUUGUGCUGUUCAACCCCCGGAAGCACAAGCAGCACCACAUCCUCAACAGUUCCAGGAAAACCAUCACUGCCCUUGCCUUCUCCCCUGAUGGCAAGUACUUGGUCACUGGAGAGAGUGGGCACAUGCCUGCCGUGCGGGUUUGGGACGUGGCUGAGCACAGCCAGGUGGCGGAGCUGCAGGAGCAUAAGUAUGGUGUGGCUUGUGUGGCCUUCUCCCCCAGCGCCAAGUAUAUUGUGUCCGUGGGCUACCAGCAUGACAUGAUUGUCAACGUUUGGGCCUGGAAGAAAAACAUUGUGGUGGCCUCCAACAAAGUGUCUAGUCGAGUGACAGCAGUGUCCUUUUCUGAAGAUUGCAGCUACUUUGUCACUGCAGGCAACCGCCACAUCAAGUUCUGGUACCUGGACGACAGUAAGACCUCCAAGGUGAAUGCUACCGUGCCCUUGCUGGGCCGCUCCGGGCUCCUGGGGGAGCUGCGGAACAACUUGUUCACGGACGUAGCCUGUGGUCGAGGGAAGAAGGCGGACAGCACAUUCUGCAUCACAUCCUCAGGGCUGCUGUGCGAGUUCAGUGACCGCAGGCUCCUGGACAAGUGGGUGGAGUUGAGGACUACAGUGGCGCACUGCAUCUCUGUGAGCCAGGACUACAUCUUCUGCGGCUGUGCUGAUGGCACUGUGCGCCUCUUCAACCCCGCUAACCUGCACUUCCUCAGCACCCUGCCCAGACCCCAUGCACUGGGCACAGACAUUGCCAGCAUCACUGAGGCCAGUCGCCUCUUCUCUGGAGGACCCAAUGCCAGGUAUCCAGACACGAUUGCCUUGACCUUUGAUCCAACUAACCAGUGGCUGUCCUGUGUGUACAAUGACCACAGCAUCUACGUUUGGGAUGUGAGGGACCCCAAGAAAGUGGGCAAGGUGUACUCCGCUCUGUACCAUUCCUCCUGCGUCUGGAGUGUGGAGGUCUACCCUGAGGUGAAGGACAGCAACCAGGCCUGUCUGCCUCCCAGUUCCUUUAUUACCUGUUCCUCAGACAGUACCAUCCGCCUGUGGAACACCGAGAGCUCUGGGGUACAUGGCUCUACCCUGCACCGGAACAUCCUCAGCAAUGAUCUCAUUAAGAUAAUCUAUGUGGACGGGAACACUCAGGCCCUGCUGGACACUGAACUGCCCGGAGGAGACAAGGCUGAUGGGUCCCUGAUGGAUCCUCGUGUGGGCAUCCGCUCUGUGUGUAUCAGCCCCAAUGGACAACAUCUAGCUUCGGGAGACCGUAUGGGCACACUUAGGGUGCAUGAACUGCAGUCCCUGAAUGAAAUGCUCAAGGUGGAGGCCCAUGAUUCAGAGAUCCUGUGUCUGGAAUACUCCAAGCCAGACACAGGUCUGAAGUUGCUGGCAUCAGCAAGCCGGGACCGGCUGAUCCACGUGCUGGAUGCUGGGAGGGAGUAUAGCCUACAGCAGACACUGGAUGAGCACUCAUCUUCCAUCACUGCUGUCAAGUUUGCAGCCAGCGAUGGGCAAGUGCGCAUGAUCAGCUGUGGAGCAGACAAGAGCAUCUACUUUCGCACUGCACAGAAGUCUGGAGAUGGAGUACAGUUCACACGGACACACCACGUGGUACGGAAGACAACCCUCUACGACAUGGAUGUGGAGCCCAGCUGGAAGUACACAGCCAUUGGCUGCCAGGACCGAAAUAUCCGGAUCUUUAACAUUAGCAGCGGGAAGCAGAAAAAGCUGUUUAAAGGGUCGCAGGGUGAGGAUGGCACUCUCAUCAAGGUGCAGACAGACCCCUCGGGGAUCUACAUUGCCACCAGCUGCUCUGACAAGAACCUCUCCAUUUUUGACUUCUCCUCCGGCGAGUGCGUGGCCACCAUGUUUGGUCACUCCGAGAUUGUCACUGGCAUGAAAUUUAGUAAUGAUUGCAAACAUCUCAUCUCGGUGUCGGGGGACAGCUGCAUAUUUGUCUGGCGCCUGAGCUCUGAGAUGACCAUCAGUAUGAGGCAGCGUCUGGCUGAGCUGCGCCAGCGGCAGCGAGGAGGCAAGCAGCAAGGACCAUCUUCCAGCCAAAGGGCUUCUGGGCCUCCCCGGCCCCAGGCUCCAGUGAUGCUCUCUUCUGGACCAGCUCUCUCAUCAGACAGUGACAAGGAGGGAGAAGAUGAGGGUACCGAAGAGGAAGAACUGCCAGCUCUGCCCGUCCUUGCCAAGAGCACCACGAAAGAGCCAGCCUCAGUCCCUGGCCCAGCUCUGCUCCGAAGCCUGUCCCACUGGGAGAUGAGUCGGGCGCAGGAGCCCGGGGAGUUCCUGGAUUCAGCACCUGUAGCAAACUCAGGACCUAGAAGAAGGGGGCGCUGGGCCCAGCCAGGUGUGGAACUGAGCGUUCGCUCCAUGCUGGACCUACGGCAGCUGGAAACCCUGACCCCAGGCCCUCAGGAGCCCAGCCAGGACCCUCCAGCUGUGGCCAUGCGCAGUCCUGGGAAAGACAGACCGCAGGACCCUGCCACCUCCCGAGCCUGCCAGAAUGAGAAGCCCCCUCGGUGUCAGCCUUCCCAGCCCUGUUCCUGCCCCCACAUUAUCCGAUUGUUGUCACAAGAGGAAGGAGUCUUUGCCCAAGAUCUGGAGCCUGCGCCCAUUGAAGACGGCAUUGUCUACCCAGAGCCCAGCGACAGCCUCGGCAUGGAUACCAGUGAGUUCCAGGUACGGGCUCCAAGCAGAGGAACUCCAGGAAGAGUGUACCCAGGCGGCCGGGGCUCAGAAAAGCAUAGCCCUGACAGCGCGUGCUCCGUGGAUUACAGCAGCUGCCUUUCCAGCCCUGAGCACCCCAAUGAAGACUCGGAGAGCACGGAGCCCCUGAGUGUGGAUGGCAUCUCCUCAGACCUUGAAGAGCCAGCUGAGGGUGAAGAAGAGGAGGAGGAAGAGGAGGCAGGCACUGGCCUCUGUGGGCUACAGGAAGGCAGCCCCCACACUCCGGACCAGGAGCAGUUUCUAAAACAGCACUUUGAGACGCUGGCCAACGGGGCUGCUCCAGGGGGUCCAGUGAGGGUCCCGGAGAGGACAGAGUCUCGGAGCAUCUCCUCGCGAUUCCUGUUGCAAGCGCAGACCUCCCCGCUCAGGGAACCAGCCCCAUCCUCCUCAAGCUCAGCCCUGGUGUCGAGACCUGUCCAAGUGCCACAGAUACCUGAGGAGCUGAAAGGCAGUGGGGCUAACCCUCCAGGAGCACCCCCAGAAGUGGAGGCUCCCCCUGGCCGCCCCAGACCCCAGCAAGCCGUCCCUGUGCUGCUGCCACGCCGCCGUAACAGCCCGGACAGCAGCUGGGCCUCCAAGAGAGGGCCCACAGCCAGCCCCUUAGCUGGACCCCAGAGGGCCCAGUCGGCACACAGCCUGGCACCACAGGAUGAGGAGCCUUCUUCAGGCCCGUUGAACUCAGGGGAGAUAGAGGCUCGGGAAGGCCUGGGCUCCCUGCCCCAUGCUGAUCACCAACCAUCACGGCCCCGUUCCUACCGGAACCCCACCACCAGCUCUGUGGCCAAGAUAGCCCGCAGCAUUUCUGUUGGAGAGAACCUGAACCAGGCAGCUGAACCUCAAGCUCCUGCCCCCAGCCGAGCCUCACCCUUCAGCAAGCUGGCCCUGCCCAGCCGGGCACACCUAGUCUUGGACAUCCCCAAACCACUGCCCAACCGACCUAGCCUGGCCGCAUUUUCACCUGUAACCAAGGGGCAGGCCCCUGGAGAGGCGGAACAGCCUGGCACUUCAGUGGACCUGGCAAAGGCUCACAGUAUAUCUGAGCGGCUGGCAUGUUUGGGGGAGGGUGCCCCUCCCAAGCCUAGGACAGAGCACCAGGUUCUUCCUGGGCCCAACAGUCCCCGUGCCCAGCACCUGCCUGCCAGCAGCCUCCUCCAAGGCCCCAAGAACUUGCCACCCCCAACCCCUGAGAAGACUCGCAACCCCAUGGAAAGCACCAGGCCAGGGGCAGCCCUGAGCCAGGACUCAGAGCCAGCUGUGAGCCUGGAGCCAGCUGUGAGCCUGGAGCAGUGUGAGCAACUUGUGGCAGAGCUCCGUGGGAGUAUGUGCCAAGCAGUACAGCUCUACCACUUGGUGGCCAGCUGUAAGACGCCCUCAGCAGAGCAAAGUCACAUCAUUCGACUCUUGAGAGACACCUUCUCCUCCGUGCGGCAGGAGCUAGAGGCCCUGGCUGGGGCAGCCCUGUCUAGCCCAGGCGGGAGCCCUGGCACAGUGGGAGCUGAGCAGACGCAGGCCCUGCUAGAACAAUACUCAGAGCUGUUGCUUCGGGCAGUGGAGCGACGCAUGGAACGCAGACUCUGAGCUCCAAGCCCAAGCGAAUGCUCCCCUAUCUCUCUUCCACUCCUCAAAACCUGCAAGGAUGCUUGGAGUGGAGAGCAGGGGUCAGUGCUCAGAGGGGAGGCAGCUUUCCUGGCUGCUCCUUAUGGGGCCCCUGUAUUUAUUAAUUUAUUUCCCUGACUGUUGCCUCGCUUCCUUGGAACCCCUGCCUUCGAAGCCUAUCCCGGGGCUCGGCAGGGGUUGGUCUUGGGUCUUUGUCAUCUUGGUGCUGUGAGGGGUAGAAGGGCAGCCUGCCUCAUGUGGAGGACACCAGACAGGCUGGCCCUUUCUUAGAAGCCAUUUGAAGUUACUUCAGGGAUCAGCUCCCUGGGGUGGAGCAUACACAGGGUACUUUAGUGGGUAGAGGUGACAGGUGCCGUGGUAUUUAGCGCCCGUCUGUGGACCUCCACCUCUACUUCUUCUUCUCCCACACCAGCUGCAGCCUCCUAGCUACCCCCAAUUCCGGAUAGUGCAGAAAAGCAGAGCUGCCUAGUCUCCACUGGCAUCUCCAGCAGUCAGGCGACUCGAGUUGGCAUCAAGACCUGAGCCUUCACAUUCCAUUCCCACUCCCCCCACCCCAAGAGCACCCUAGCAUUGUUGCUUCCCCAGCAGCCCCCUUUCCGUCCUGGCCAGCCCCUGUAGGACCAGCUGUGGGGCAUUGCUGCAGGACAGCAAAGCCCCCUGCUGGGCAAACAUGAACCCCUGGCCUCCUUUCCUGAGCUCCUCAGGCUUCCCAUCCUCCAGUGUUGGUCUCCUGUAAGCUGCUGAAGCCCAAAGGACCCCACCUUGUCCCUGUAUCCCGAUCCACACACAGAAAGAAGCCUGUGUUGGAAUUUCCCUUGGUUUGCAGGACGCCUGCCUACCUUCGGAGGACUUUGGCCACCAGUGAAAUCAAUACUAGAGUAGUGGCUGGCUGAUGGGUGCCUGAUUUCCUCUCAUAUUCUGCCUCAGCCUCCCCACCCUGGAACUUGUAUGAGGACCAUAAAAAGGAAUGGAGCACAUUAAACCCAAAUUCUGGAUUCUAGCUGAUAGGAGAUGGCCCAUGGGACACCUGUUGCAGACAGAAGGAACCUCUUGCAAGGCAGAUCUGGGUGCCCAAGGGUGCUGUAGAUGGUGGAGGCUGAGGGAGAUACAGGAGCCAAGAGAGACACUGGAAGUGGUAGGUGGACAGGUAAGUGGCAGUGGUAAGGGGAUUUGAUUAUAGAGUUGAAAGGGCAGUUAGGGAAGGAGGAUGCAUAGUAGGCAUAGGACAGGACUAAGUAGUGAGGAGCAAAGUUGGGGUAACCCAUGUGUCUCUGUGCCGAGCCAGGCAGGGCCCCAGAGGCCGCACAAGAGGCUCCAGGCUCUAGGCUCUGUGGACAGAGGCUGGAGAGUUGUUGCUUUAGCCUGAGUGCCUGAAGCGAACCAAAAGCACACUCACACCUCUCAUCAUCUGCUUGGCCAAACUCACCUCUGGCCCCAAGAAUCUCCGCCGGCUGGAGGUGGGCCCCUGGCAGCCCUGCCGGCGUGAGGGUUGGCAGCCCGCGCCAGCUGCAGCUCACAGGGCUCCGCCUUGCCCGCGCCGGGCUCGCGGCCCCCGGGGGGAGGGAGGCCUUGUGCCUGGC